AUGGCACCCAGCGAUGAUGCCAAGCGCGCGACAACUAUACUGACGAUUGCACAGUUGAAGUUCAAGCAGGCCAUCAAGAAAACAGACAAUGAAGACCGACUGCCACCUGUGUCAGUGGAAGUCAGCUCGCAACUCUUCAGCGGCAUAGAUGCUGUUCUUCAGCAGAACACGCGCGCGAACGUCCAGAAAUGCACAGAAUGGAUUGUGAAGCACAUAGCUCCCUCCAAGGCCCGCAUCGCUCUUCUCGGAGACUAUCUGAUUUCUGUCUCAAAGUCCAUUGUCCUAGACCUGAACAACCCCGUAGUGGCAAAGAAGGCAGUCCGGAGCCGGAUGGACCUGUUACUGAUUGUCAACGAUGUUCUCCAUACUGACAAGUUUCAUCGUCGGAGUGCCGUGAAGCAGGGCAUGUUUGGCGACGUGUGUGGCAGUUUUGUCGCUGAGCUGAUCGAGCAAGCCGCCGCGUGUAUGACUGAAAAGGACUCGCAGCUCGAGAAGAAGCUGAAAGCUAUUAUCAACUACUGGGCUGUCAACCAGCUUGUCAGCGCAGAUUGCCUAAAACUAUGUAGAGACAGAGCAGACGAGGCACUUUCUAUAGCGCAUGGUGGUACGCCGGUCCGAAAGCGUAACUACCUUUUGCCCGAGUAUCAUGGCGAUAGAACGGCCCCAUGGUACGAUCUUCCCGCCUCUUAUAUGCUCGAGCCCAUGAUCAAGCACCCGAACCGCCCGAUCGACCCUUUGCAAAUCAAAAUCCAGAAGCUAGACAAAAAGCCCGUCUCCCCGCACGUCCGCAACUUGCUCGACAAUUUCUUCGAGAAGAUUGAUCUCAAAUACAGGCCGACUGGCGACAACCCAACUGGCGAGACUGCAAAAUACAAACUGUCUUUGGACCCUAUGGGGCAGCUGGUCAAACAGGACAAGGAAACUGGUGAGACGACAACGGUAGCGAACGGCUACGGGUGGUCGAUGAAGUUUUGUCAGGAUAUGCAGAAGCACGGUGUUCCAGAGAACAUAAAGAUCGCACGGGAGGAUAUCGAGCGCAUGGAG